AUGGGGGCUAAGGACCCCCCACUGUGGGACAGCCACCACAUGCUGGGGGUGGGAGGGGCACUGCCAUGGUCACUGAGGGCUAUAAGAGGGGAGAGCAGCAACGCUGCGGCACUUUGGGACUUGGCAACCAUGCUGGGAGCUCUUUGUCUCGCUGUGCUGCUGGGCUACGGUCCCUCUGCUGGGUGUCCUGCAGCCUACGGAUGCGGCAACCCGGCCGUGCCGCCGCAGCUGAACACCCGCGUGGUUGGCGGUGAAGAUGCCGUGGCCCACAGCUGGCCUUGGCAGAUCUCGCUGCAGUACGACCGCUCCGGCACUUGGCGCCACACCUGCGGCGGGACCCUCAUCGCCUCCAACUGGGUGCUGACUGCUGCCCACUGCAUCAGCUCCAGCCUGACCUACCGUGUGGUGCUGGGCAAGCAGGACCUGUCUGAAGCCGACGAGCCUGGCUCCUUGGCUGUGGCUGUGGAUAAGAUCAUCGUGCACGAGAAGUGGAACUCCUAUCUUAUCAUCAACGACAUUGCCCUGAUCAAGCUGGCAGAGGAGGUGGAGGAGACUGAGACCAUCCGAGCCGCCUGCCUGCCACCUGCUGACCUGAUCCUGGAGAACGACUACCCCUGCUAUGUCACUGGCUGGGGAUACAUCCGCACCAAUGGUCCCCUGUCUGAUGCCCUGCAGCAGGCCCUGCUGCCUGUGGUGGACCAUAGCACCUGCUCCAAGUGGAACUGGUGGGGCAGCACGGUGCGUGACACCAUGGUCUGUGCUGGUGGCGAUGGCGUCGUCUCUGGCUGCAGUGGUGACUCUGGUGGCCCCCUGAACUGCCAGCGUGAUGGACUCUGGGAGGUGAACGGCAUCGUCAGCUUCGGCUCCGGGCUGAAGUGCAACAUGAAGAGGAAGCCUACUGUCUUCACCCGUGUGUCUGCCUACAUUGACUGGAUCAACGAGAAAAUAAGCUCCAACUGAGGCCGUGGUGUGCAGUGCUGCAGCUCAAAUGUGAUAAAGACAACAGUGCUGAGCUGA